GGGAGAUGCUUCGAAAAAAGGAUGGGGCGUGACGGCGAGUUCCGAUACUAGGCGGUGGAAAGACGGUUUCCGGUCCAUCGACGGUGCGGCGUCGUCGUCCAACAAGCGAGAACUUGCGAUGUGGAGCGAAGCUUUCGAGCUGGCGGCGCCAGAGCUGGCAGGCUCCUUGUUGCUCGUCAGAACCGACAACAAAUGCGCACGGCACUACUUGAGCUUCUAUGUCGGGAAUGUAAAAACACUUUCGACCAUUGGAAGGCGGAUCGCCACUCUGCUUUCGCAGUAUGGCAUCUCCCUGAUUGCCCUCCACUUGAAAGGUGUUUUCAACGUGGUCGCCGAUAUGCUGUCUCGACUCAGGAUGAAAGCCGAACUGCAGGACUUGUUUCCGAACAAAGUACUAAAAAAGCGCACCAGGGACGCGAUUUUUGCGAGGCUAGGCGGUCCGCCGACGCUCGACGCAAUGGCCUUACGGGAUGGAAGUGACGCCAUUUGCGAAAAGUACUUGCUUGACUUCGCCAACUGGGAUUGUUUCGCCCAAACACCCGAGUACAUGGCGCGGUUCGUCUCCUGGUUCCAUCCGAGUCUCGACUUGUUGUAUCCGAUCCUUAAACUGCUGAUGGGAUGGCUGAAAAUCGAGGAGGGAAAGCGACCAGCGGCACUUCUUCUCAUGCCUAAGUUCAUCAGUAGGUUCAUUUUUAUGACUUCAAAAUUUUGGCAAGUUGCAAAAUUGA